ACGCCUGCAUAGAGAAGGACUCGGAGUGCCGAGAUGGAGUCUCAGCCGGAAUCGCACACCUGACAUUCAUGUUGUGGCCAUUCUGGCAGUCAGACGUGUGGAUCGCAAGUCCGGAAAACCAAGAGCCGAAGCCCAAGUGCAAGGUGGAGGAAAGGUCUCAAGCAGAUUCGCUGUCCGUGAACGGUUUACGGUUGCGGUUUACGGGUCGCGUCUCCGAACUUUAUCCGUUCGUUCUAAAGCAAACUAAACUAAGCUCAACUAAUUCAAAACUAAACCAAGCCAGAGACCAAACAAAAUAGAGAAAAACUUGUUGAAGUACUUGAUUGAUGUGUGUGCCCAAUUGGCUGCCGAAUCGAGCGAGCUAAACCGAGAAGGAGUCUCCGCAGCCAGGAAAAAAGGCAUGCAUCGGGCCCUCCAGCGCUCGAGUUAUCCAGCCUCUCAGCUCAGCUGCUCAACUUGUCGACUUUCGGCCCAAACCGCUGACCAGGCCAAAACCUCGCAGGAUCUCCGUUGCCAGGACGAAACAGAACAGAACAGAACGGAACGGAACGGCAACUGGCAGCCCUCAGCCAUGGCCGCUGAAUAAUUAAUGCAGUUUCGCUCUCCGGUGCUCGGCAAAGGACAAAACUAAUUUAUGGCAUUAAAAAUGCAUAUUUUCUAGCAGUGCGUUGCCGGUUUUUAUCAUUUGCCAGGAAGGCAAAAGGCGCAAUCCACCAGCAGCUGUGCCAGCAAAAGGAAGCUGAAAGUAGACACGUCGGUCGAGAAUUGGAUUUGACUGCGGAGCAUUUUGAGUUCGAGUCCGAGUCCGAAAGUUCUUUAGUCAGCAACCGAGGAAGCGCAGGAUAAUUCACAUUUUUCUCACGGCACUGGCAACGAAAUGGCUUUCCUAUGUGCACCGCUGGCCAGAGUAAUGACAUGGCGACCAUUGGUGACCUCUCGAUGAUCUCACCGCCCACGUCUUCCAUCUCGAACGACCAAGAUCCGUUUGGACAGCUGCCACCGCUACCGCCGCCACUGCGUUCCACCCAAGUGCUCCAGCCACUGAGCGUGUUUCCAGUGUCCAAUUUGAGCGAAGAUUCCUACGAUUAUGUUUUUGGUGGUCGACGUAAGACUCCGCCCACAACAACGUCUACACAACUCAAGCUGACCUCACCGCCCGUGCGUUUGCGACCCGAAGACGCCUAUCGCGGAGCCAACAUAAACAACGGAAGGUUCUAUCGCCACUCCUUCAGCUACGCCCCCAAAAGGCAGCGCCACUCGAGUCGGGAUGAUCGAGACCGCGAGUCUAGGUUGAGAUGUCAUGGCGAGGACGAGGCCACACUGCGCCAAUUGCUGCUCGAUUUGCAAAAGCAAGUUAGCGUGAUGAGCAUGAAUCUGUCAGCGAAACUCGAUGAGCUGCAGCGGGGAGAUCGACACCUGGAGACGACGGUGGCCCUGUGCGAAAUCCGCACCCAGCUCCAGGAGCUGACCAAAUCCGUGGAGAGCUGCCAGAGCGAGGUGUCCGAGGUGAAGCGCGACAUGGUGGCGAUCAAGCACGAACUGGACACCGUGCAGCAGGUGAAGGAGGAGAUCGAGGAGCUGCGCGAGUACGUCGAUCGACUGGAGGAGCACACGCACAGACGGAAGCUAAGACUUUUAGAACAAGGUCUCACCUUCUUCCUCACCUACUCGAUUUUCUCGGCGGUGCUGGGCAUGCUGCAGUUCGGCUACAACACCGGCGUCAUCAACGCGCCCGAGAAGAACAUCGAGAACUUCAUGAAGGACGUCUACAAGGACCGCUACGGCGAGGACAUCAGCGAGGAGUUCAUCCAGCAGCUCUACUCGGUGGCGGUGUCCAUUUUCGCCAUCGGCGGCAUGCUGGGCGGCUUCAGCGGCGGCUGGAUGGCCAACCGCUUUGGCAGAAAGGGCGGCCUACUGUUGAACAACGUGCUCGGAAUUGCCGGCGCCUGUUUGAUGGGAUUUACCAAAGUUAGUCAUUCCUAUGAAAUGUUAUUCCUUGGCCGAUUUAUAAUUGGUGUUAAUUGCGGCCUCAACACGUCGCUGGUGCCCAUGUACAUCUCGGAGAUAGCGCCACUGAAUCUGCGCGGUGGCUUAGGAACUGUUAAUCAAUUGGCUGUGACCGUAGGUUUACUAUUAUCCCAAGUGCUGGGCAUCGAGCAGAUACUCGGCACCAACGAGGGCUGGCCCAUCCUCCUGGGCCUGGCCAUCUGCCCGGCGAUCCUGCAACUCAUCCUGCUGCCCGUCUGCCCGGAGUCGCCCAGAUACCUGCUCAUCACCAAGCAGUGGGAGGAGGAGGCGCGCAAAGCCCUGCGCCGCCUGCGAGCCUCUGGGUCCGUGGAGGAGGACAUCGAGGAGAUGCGGGCCGAGGAGCGGGCCCAGCAGUCCGAGAGCCACAUAUCGACCAUGGAGCUGAUAUGCUCGCCCACCCUGCGCCCUCCCCUCAUCAUCGGCAUCGUGAUGCAGCUGAGCCAGCAGUUCAGCGGCAUCAACGCCGUCUUCUACUACUCCACGUCGCUCUUCAUGAGCUCGGGAUUGACUGAGGAGAGCGCCAAGUUCGCCACGAUAGGCAUCGGCGCCAUAAUGGUUGUCAUGACGCUCGUGUCCAUUCCGCUGAUGGAUCGCACGGGUCGCCGGACCCUGCAUCUCUAUGGCCUGGGCGGAAUGUUCAUCUUCUCAAUCUUCAUCACCAUUUCGUUCCUGAUCAAGGAAAUGAUCGACUGGAUGUCCUACCUCUCUGUGGUGGCCACCCUCGGCUUCGUCGUCUUCUUCGCGGUGGGACCCGGAUCGAUACCCUGGAUGAUCACCGCGGAGCUCUUCUCCCAGGGACCGCGGCCCAGUGCCAUGGCUAUCGCGGUGCUGGUCAACUGGAUGGCCAACUUUGUGGUCGGCAUUGGUUUCCCCAGCAUGAAGACUGCCCUCGAGAACUACACGUUCUUGCCGUUCAGUGUGUUCCUGGCCAUCUUCUGGAUAUUCACCUACAAGAAGGUGCCCGAGACGAAGAACAAGACGUUCGAGGAGAUCCUGGCCCUCUUCCGGCACAACAAUGGCAGGAGUAUGCUAAACUGCACAAAUAGCUUGGAGCCACAAAGUAUGAAUUCUGGCAUCGAGCAUGCCGCCUUGAUGGUAUCUGAGGAGAAGACCCAACAUGACUCACCUGCAUCCGAGCGAUUUUUAGAAGGCGCCCGAAGUACACACCAGGCCCGGAGCGCUGCCUCUGCGCCCCAUCACCCUCGUCAGCCUCCACCUGUCUGCCCGAGCAGCGGGCCUUGACUGAGGAGCGCCUCGCCUCCUGACUCUGCCAGUGUUCGUUCCACGAGUCGCGCUGAGGAGCCGCAUCAGCCGCAGCAGGCGCAGCAGGGGCAGCAGAUGCACCACCAACAGCAUCUGUCCCGCUAUGCCACACACGAAUACGUACACUGUAGCUAUGAGAAGGAAGUCGUUUGUGAUCAGGCCAAUCCCGCGCAGGCACCGCCACCGCAGCCAGCACCACCAGCCCCACCAGCACACCAGCAGCAGCAGCCACCACCGCCAUCGCACCACUGCCAGCAGCGCAAGCACAGCCACAGUCCGCACCACAGUCGCCACACCUCGCCGCACUCGCACCACCACCACUCGCACCACAGUCGCCACAGUCGCAGGAGUCGUCGCCAGGGCAGCGGCAGUCUGCCGGGCGCCCACCAGGGCUCCGCCCACCACUCGGUGGUGCGUCCGUCGAUCUGCAGCAGUCGCCGGCAUCGCUCCGUCACGGAUAUAUCCACGACGAAUGUGUGCCAGGACCCCGCCUGCGCGGAUCGCGAGGUGCAGGAGAUAAUGGUAAGACGUACCUGCUGCAACACCGCCACCGCCACCGCCACCGGCACCACCGCCACCACCGCCACCAACAGCUCCUCCCGCACCGAGCUGGCCCAGUGCUUCGCCGAGGACCUCUACGGCUCAUCCCGACGCCCGAGCAGCUGCUGCACCAGCUCCGACUACUGCUACCAGACGGACUCGACGAGUCUGUACGGCUCCAGGUCAUCGUUGAGUCGCAACAACUCCAUCAAGUCCGCCUCGGCGCUGGUGCGUAAGCACCACAGGAGUCAGCGGAGCCUGCUGCCCGAGCACCGCCACCCCAGCUACACUUCCAUAUCGCUGAGGGGCCUGAACGCCAGCCGCCCGAACAGCCAGUUGGGCUCGCUGACCUCGAUCUUUGACCGGGCCAAGAGCUUGGCGCCCGAGGGCUGCACACUGGAGCGUCAGAGCUCCAAGGGCGCGCUGGGCAGCAGCGAGCUGCCGGAGUACGCCUGCUCCCCGUCACCGAUACGCUGGAGCUUCCUGGCCGAUGGCAGAUCCCCCUCCGAAAUGGAGGGCGCUGUCGGCGGGGGAACCGAGAGGGAGCAGGAGGAGGACCAGCUGGACGCGUGGCAGGUGCCCGAGCCGGAACCGGAAAAGAAGCCCUGCCGCAAGAUCACCACCACCAGCUCCUCCGUCUACGACGAGGGGCCCAGCACUUCGGCAGCGGCUGCCCGGAAGCGGCGGGGCAGCAAGGGAAGUCGGGGUAGCAGGGGUAGCAGGGGCAGUGCCAGUGGCAGCUACCAUUGCGAGUUCGAGGACGAGGCCACCACCACUGUGAUGUUCCACCAGGAUGCCGGCGAGGCGUACAACAAUUGCUGCAGCAACAACUACAACUACAUACAGUGCAACAGCUACUUGGACCAGGACCUGCAGAUCACCAGCGAGGACAUCCAUCAGUACCUGUCCAAGGGCGAUGCCACAGCCAGCGACAUCCUGAACAACUCGAAGAACUAUCCCUUUCAGCCCUCGAACGCGCUGGAGUUCCAGUACAAGAACAACUUCCAGCAGGGCCAAGUGAAUGCCAAUAACAAUAACACCAACACCACCAACACAGCCUCCAGCGAUGCGGGCGAGUGCUUCCAGAACUACAGAGCCACCUCGAAGGAGACGAACCUGAACCAGAGCUCCGCGGAGCAGCUCUCGCCCACAAACAUCAACUUGUCCACGAGCUCGAACAACAUAAACAUUGUGUUCAGCAGCAGCUUGGAGCGCAAUGCCAACGAGGUCAAGUUCAUCAACAACAGGAGUGGUGCCACAGCUGGCGGUGGCUCCGAGGUGGGCGGUGGCUGUGAGGUGGGUCACCAUGCGGGCUACUUGCCCUACACCUAUCCCAGCUACGACUACACGAACAUGUCGGGCAACUCGCACUUUGAGAAGCCCCUGGGCAUAGACGAGCUGCCCAAGGAGUUCGGCGGCCUGGAGGGCGCCGGAUGCGGCGGCGCCUCCACCACCAGCGAGCACUCCUCGUCGCUGCCCUCGCCGCAGCCACUGACGCACCACCAGCAGCUGCACCACUUCGAGUCCUUCGACGCCGCCUCCGAGCACAAUUUGCUAGCUGCCCAAGCCAUGUCGCCGGGGUCCCCGCUGUCGGGUUCCGUGAACCCCGCUGGCGACGACUUCGUCCAGAUGCACCACUACCAUCACGCCAACUCACCGCACUCGCAAUCGCACUCGCAAUCGCAAUCGCACCACAGCCACAGCCACGCCCACACGCACACCCACGGCCACCACGUGCACCACCUGCUAAGCCACCCCGCCUACGAUCUAGCCGAGGAUCAGUUCCGCUUGGGAUCGGCCUUGAAGCGAGUGCGCAAGCGAGCACGCAAGUACACCGACUUCCUGCGCAAGAAGUGAGCGGUUGCCCGGACUCACUGCAUCCUCCCCCAGAUUCGCCCUACUUUGGCCGCAAAUACCUGGUGGUCUCGAAGCGGCGAUCGCAGAGCCUGGACGAGGACUAACCCCG